AUGGCCGCGCGAGAAGAGACGCAGUCCCAAGUCAGCGCCGUGCCCGCGCCGGAGGUGGCUGAUCUAGGAGCGCCAUUCAGCAUUAAGGAGGUCCUCGCACGACUCAAUGGUGUGUUCCCGAUGGACGAGGCUGUUAUCGAAGCUCUGCCUGCAGGAGCUACGUUUGUCUCCGUAGAGCACUUUGGGUUCAGUGCGUUUACCAUCACAGGUCGUCUUGUCGCAAGACAGAAGGAUGGCACGGAAACGCUUUGCUUCUUGAAGGUAGCCUAUAAUGAGCAUGGCCGGAUUAUGUUGUAUGGCGAGUGGGAAUCGUCCAGGUAUAUCCACGGCAUCAUGCCUGACUUUAUACCUACGCCACUUGGGUUUGGCAAAUACAAGGCAAAGGGUCCAGCUACUUACUUCUACCUCUCUGAUUUCGUCGACAUGGAUGUCACCACAGCACCCGACCCCAUGGAGUUCACAACCAGGCUGGCCAACAUGCACCAAAUAAGCCGAUCGCCCACAGGAAAAUUCGGAUUUCAUAUCACCACGUGUGAUGGGAAGAUGGCACACACAGUCGAGUGGCAGGACAGCUGGGCCGAAUUCUACAAAAAGCUUCUACUCGGCGUCUGCGAGGUCAUACCUCGGCUACUCGGAGUCUUGCAAGAGAAUGGUCGGCAGAUCAAGCCCAGCAUCAUCCAUGGUGACCUGUGGGAAGGAAACAUGGGUAUAAAUAUGGAGACGGGUAAUACUCUCCUCUUCGAUGCUGGAUCAUACUUCGCCUACAACGAGAUGGAGCUAGGUCACUGGCGGUGCGAGUUCAGCUCGCACUUCCGCUCGCCGCUCUACACCCGCCAUUAUGUCGAAAAUUUUACCGCCGCAGAGCCCCCGGAAGAGUUCGAUGAUCGCAACAGACUGUACAGCAUCAAGGGUGCCAUCAACUACUCUGCCGGCCAUCCUGGAAGCCAACUGCGCAAAACAGCCUACAAUAAUAUGGUGUAUCUCUGCGAGAAAUAUGCGUCUUGCGAUGGCAUCGAUGCUAGCCCAGAUGUCAACGAAGUCUUCAAUAUCUGA